AUGGGGCUGUCUCCCUUCUCCCCAGCCGCCCCCGAGCCUCGGGUUUGUAAGCGAAUGGACUUGGUUUGCCAGCGAAUGCUAAAUCAGGGAUUUCUGAAAGUGGAAAGAUACCACAACUUGUGUCAAAAGCAAGUUAAAGCUCAGCUUCCAAGACGGGAGUCGGAAAGAAGAAACCAUUCAUUAGCUCGUCAUGCAGACAUCCUUGCUGCUGUAGAAACGAGACUCUCUCUGUUAAAUAUGACUUUCAUGAAGUAUGUGGAUUCCAAUCUCUGUUGCUUCAUACCUGGAAAGGUAAUAGAUGAAAUUUAUCGUGUGCUAAGGUAUGUAAACUCUACAAGAGCUCCUCAGAGAGCUCAUGAAGUUCUUCAAGAACUAAGGGACAUUUCCUCCAUGGCUAUGGAAUAUUUUGAUGAGAAGAUUGUUCCAAUACUGAAAAGAAAGAUGCCUGGGUCAGAUGUAUCGGGACGUCUGAUAGGAACUGCCCCAGUGCUUAGGAAGAGUGAGUCUAAAGAAGCAUGGAAAAUAAAUUCCUUUCUUCUAAAAAUUCCAGGGCCUUCUGCAGCACUGACAACAAUGCAGCUGUUCUCCAAGCAGAACCCUUCAAGGCAGGAAAUCACCAAACUCCAGCAGCAAGUAAAAGCGAAUGGCACGGGCUUGACAGCGCUAAAGCGGGAAAUCUCAGAGCUUCGCAUCAAAGUGCAAGAGCAACAGAAGCAACUCCAAGAUCAAGACCAGAAACUGCUAGAGCAAACCCAAAUCAUAGGCGAACAGAAUGCCCGAUUGGCUGAGCUCGAACGCAAGCUGCGAGAGGUGAUGGAGAGCACAGUAGGAAAUUCUUCAGGUUCUGGCUCAAAUGAACAAUCUCUUAGAAAACGGAGGAAGGCGGUUGAACCCCCAGACUGUCCUAGGAAAUCUAAACGCCUUCGAAACAGAAAAUAACUUGGGAGUAAAUGACACCUUCAGGAGGAUACACUGCUUUAGUAGCCCAAGCAGGUCUGCUUGUCUGGAUACUGUGACUAGCUUCAUGGUGUCACUUAGGCUGCUGGCUCUUCAAAACACCACUUAGACUUGAACAGUAAUUUUCUUUUAUUGAGACUUUUCCCCUGCUUUCUGUAUGGGUGGGCCUAAUGCACAGAAUCUUUAAGAUUUGCAAUAGAUACAUACUAACCAGACCUGCUCUGUUAUGUUUUGAAG